GUUCAGGCCGCUGCUCUGAGAAGUUAUCGUGAGCAGCCCCUGACAGGCUGCAGCGCCUCUGAGAGCAAAGAAAUGAUCAUCUUAACUUACUUGUUUGUCUUGGUGUGGGAAGAAGCUCAAGGAUGGGGAUACAGGAAUGGAACUUUUCACAACUCCAUAUGGCUUGAACGGGCAGCAGGUGUGUAUCACAGAGAAGCACGCUCCGGCAGGUACAAGCUCACCUAUGCAGAAGCCAAGGCGGUGUGUGAAUUUGAAGGCGGCCGUCUCGCCACCUACAAGCAGCUAGAGGCAGCCAGAAAAAUUGGAUUUCAUGUCUGCGCUGCAGGAUGGAUGGCCAAGGGCAGAGUUGGAUACCCCAUUGUGAAGCCAGGAUCCAACUGUGGAUUUGGAAAAGUCGGUAUCAUUGACUAUGGGAUCCGUCUCAACAGGAGUGAAAGAUGGGAUGCCUAUUGCUACAACCCAAAUGCAAAGGAGUGUGGUGGUGUAUUUACAGACCCAAAGCGAAUUUUCAAAUCUCCAGGCUACCCCAAUGAGUAUGAUGAUAACCAGGUCUGCUACUGGCACAUCAGAAUCAAGUAUGGUCAGCGUAUUCACCUGAGCUUUUUGAAGUUUGACCUCGAGGAUGACCCAGGCUGCUUGGCUGACUAUGUUGAAGUAUAUGACAGUUAUGAUGAUGUCCAUGGGUUUGUAGGAAGGUACUGUGGAAAUGAGCUUCCAGGAGACAUUAUCAGCACAGGAAAUGUCAUGACCUUGAAGUUUCUGAGUGAUGCUUCCGUGACUGCAGGAGGUUUCCAAAUCAUGUAUGUUGCCGUGGAUCCUGCAUCCAAAUCCAGCCAAGGAAAAAAUACAACUACCGCUUCUGGAAACAAAAACGCUUUAGCCGGAAGAUACAGUCAUUUCUAAAACAAACUAAAAUUAUUCAAACGUGUAGUAUUUUGCUUUUCAUCUUUUGGGACAUCUUUGAUCUUAUUUUUAUAUUAUUACUACUGUUAACAUUUAUUUAUUACUUUUCUAAAAGUGAAAGCAAUACCAAAUUUGGGGAAUAUUGGUAAAUACAGAAAGCGUUAAAUAAGUAAAUCACUGAAAAUAAUAAACAUCAACAAUUUUUUACAUAGUUUCCUUUCAGUCAUUUUUUCUAUUUGUGGUAUAUGUAUAUAAGUACCUAUAUGUAUUUGUUUUGAAAUUAUGGAAUUCUGCUCUACGUACAGUUCUAUAUUUGGGAUUUUUAACAUUUUGUACCUUCAGGAUUUUCCAAAUCAUUGACUAUUCUGUGAAAACAUGAUUUUGAACACUUGUAAAACACUCCAUACUAUGA